AUGACUUGGAUGGAUGCAUGUCCUACUAGACUCCACCACAACAGAAAGAAGCGUGGACACGUCUCUGCCGGUCACGGUCGUGUUGGCAAGCACAGAAAGCAUCCUGGUGGUCGUGGUCUUGCUGGUGGUCAGCACCACCAUCGUAUCAACAUGGAUAAGUACCAUCCUGGUUACUUCGGUAAGGUCGGUAUGCGUCACUUCCACUUGAAGCAGAACCAGUACUGGCGUCCUAUUGUCAACCUCGAUUCUCUCUGGUCUUUGGCCGGUGAGGGUGUCCGCGAGAAGUACAAGAACACCGAGAAGGUUCCCGUCAUCGAUGCUCUCCAGCACGGUUACGGCAAGGUCCUUGCCAAGGGUGACAUCUCCCAGGCUGCCAUUGUCCGCACCCGCUUCGUAUCCCGUCGCGCUGAGGAGAAGAUCAAGGCUGCUGGUGGUGUUGUCGAGCUCAUUGCUUAAAUAUAUAUACACACCUAUGUAUAUGUAUAUAUCAAACCAUUUGAUCUCAAUAAAAUAAAAACUUUAUAGAACUGCCUUGUUCUUAAAUGUAUAAUCCUUU